UUUCUCAGCUGGGGUCGGCUAAAGAGCUGGCCGGAAAGGACUCGAGGGGAGCUGCUGGUUUCCCUUUCUAGUGACUGGUAGAGUUCGGAUUUUGAUGUUCUGUCCUUGUGGAAGCUUCCACGUGGAAGCCGUCGGGAAUGACACCUGCUAGUAAAGAUUAGCGGUCAGCGUCUCCGUUCCUUGUCUUUCUCGCUAGUAGUCUCCUCCUCCUUGUUUCGUUAAAAAUGGUUUCUGUGUUAAGAAGACGCGUAUUGGCUUGGGAUGCUGUCGGGUUGACUAUGGGUUAGGCUAGAAUAAGGCUUGUUUGGAACCGGGCUGUCUCACGCGAAAGAGAGGCGAGAAGCACUUGUAUUCCAAGAUUGCUCUGACAAGGGGGUCUCGGCAGGAUUUCUCUACAUAAUUCUAAAGGAGCAACCGUACAUUUGGAGGAGCCACCUGGAAGGCCUAGGCAAGAGCUCUGAGUAACCCAACCAUUUUUUUUCCAGGUUUAACGACGGGAUCGGUAGUUUUCUUGCACCCCUUUCUCAUGUACUUUCUGCAGUUCAGGAAGUCUUCGGACCAUGACUGGAGCUAGGAUGUGAAUCUGACAGCCCUGGUCAUGCUUUUGGAUUCUAUUGUCAGAAUAGACUUCAUCUGGUAUUGGUUGGAUAGUACUGGCCAGUGGAUUGAAUAUGGCAAGAAGCAUUCAGAACACUGUGCUGCUAUAAUAUCCUCUUCUGACUUGGAGGCUGCUUUUCUAGCUGACCGAAGAGGCAUUGUAUUUUUCCGUGCUGGUUCUCAGCUGUAUGAACUCAACUUCCAAGACAUGGUCCAGAGAAACCUGUACUAUCGAACCCGGAGAAAAGUGUGCCGAUGGCCCAAACUUGUAUUUUUUGGAGGGGAAAACAGCAAUGCAAAGGGUUCCAGGUGUUGCUUGGAAUCUUCUUCCCUUCCCUUCCAUUUGUUUCCUUCGAGCUGGGACCACUCAGCUUUGCCAGAUAUAGGCUAUAAGUUGGUGGAGGUCUCCAAUUCUACUAAAGAAUAUAAUGAAAUCAAAGAACUAUUUGAGAAGACAAUGGAAGGUUUCGUUAUCCAGAGGCUCCUAAGGAAUCAGAACCCUUCUCUUUGGCAAGUCUUUCUGUGGCAGAAAGAGCAGAUGAAGAAAAAGAGUGGAGGGAAAAGAGUAGACGAAAGGCUCUUGUUCCACGGCACCAGUGCAUCUCACUUGCAUGACAUCUGUGGGCAGAACUUUGACUGGCGGAUCUGUGGGACCCAUGGAACGCUAUAUGGAAAAGGAAGUUAUUUUGCAAAGGACGCCAGUUACUCUCAUGGGUACUGCCAGUUGGACACCUGCUUCAAGACUAUGUUUGUAGCUAGAGUUCUAGUUGGAGACUAUGUUCAAGGGAACGCUGCUUACCUUCGCCCUCCACCCAGACCUGACCAGCGGAACAACUUUUAUGAUAGCUGUGUGGACAGCCUUCUGGAUCCUUCCAUUUUUGUCAUUUUUGAGAAGCAUCAGAUUUACCCAGAAUAUGUAAUAAAAUACAAGCAAGUAUCCCAGUGCACGGUUAUGUGAAGUGGCAGCAAUGUGUCUGUCUUUGUCUUCUUCCCUUAGAGGUCUAGAUCUCACAUCUUUUUAUGAACUUGAAAGACAUUUUUAUUAGACUGUACGUUACUUUUUACUUCCAGGCCUUAUGAGUGUGAAAUGCUCUAUGUUGGACAACCCAAAUCCCUCUCUGGGUUAUUGGCAUUGUUUUAUAACCAAUGUGGGGGGCUGGAGCUGGCUGAAUCCUUUUUCUGAACAAAAAAUAAAAUUUACAAACUGGUAUCAUCA